UGGACGCCCCCAGGUGUGGCAGGCGGAAGCUCCGGGGCUUCCGGUCCGUAGUGGGGCCUGCGGUGGGGGUAGGGGGGAAAGGAAGGCGGAGGGAACCAUGCGAGGUUCUGUGAUCCGCGGUGAGGGCAGCCUCGGGAGACCGUUUCAGAGGGGGAUUUGAUCCCCCAUGGCCGCCGCUGACAGCAUCAUUGUGUUGGAUGAUGACGAUGAGGAUGUAGUAGCUGCUCAGCCGGGGCCCUCACACCUGCCUUCCAAUCCUGUCUCACAAGGGCCAGAAGCCUCUGGUCCCUCUGAGUCCCAUGGGAAUGGAGGAAGUGGUAACUCAGGUGGCAGGAAGUGCUACAAGUUGGAGAAUGAGAGGCUGUUUGAAGAGUUCCUUGAGCUGUGUAAGAUGCAGACAUCAGACCACCCUGAGGUGGUUCCAUUCCUUCACAAACUGCAGCAGCGUGCCCAGACUCUGUUUCUGGCCUCUGCAGAGUUUUGCAACAUCCUAUCCCGGGUUCUGUCUCGGGCUCGGAACCGGCCAGCUAAGCUGUAUGUCUACAUCAAUGAGCUUUGCACUGUUCUUAAAGCCCAUUCGAGUAAGAAGAAGCUGAACUUGGCUCCUGCACCCUCUAUGCCCGGUGAACCCUCUGGUGAUAAUCCUCCCCCAGAGUCCUCCUCUGACCUUACACAUGCUGAAAACACUGCCUCUGAGGCCUCAAGGACCCGUGGUUCCCGGAGGCAGAUCCAGCGCUUGGAGCAACUGCUGGCACUGUAUGUAGCAGAGAUUCGGCGGCUGCAGGAGAAAGAGUUGGAUCUGUCAGAACUGGAUGACCCAGACUCCACGUAUCUGCAGGAGGCCCGUUUGAAGCGGAAACUGAUCCGCCUCUUUGGGCGCCUGUGUGAGUUGAAGGACUGCUCCUCCCUGACUGGCCGGGUCAUAGAGCAGCGAAUCCCCUACCGCGGCACACGCUACCCAGAGGUCAACAGACGCAUUGAGCGGCUCAUCAACAAGCCAGGGCCUGAUACCUUUCCUGACUAUGGAGACGUGCUGAGGGCUGUGGAGAGGGCAGCCACCCGGCAUAGUCUUGGCCUUCCCCGACAGCAGCUCCAGCUUAUGGCUCAGGAUGCCUUCCGGGAUGUGGGCGUCAGGUUACAGGAACGCCGCCACCUUGACCUCAUCUACAAUUUUGGCUGCCACCUCACAGAUGACUAUAGGCCAGGUGUUGACCCUGCACUGUCAGAUCCCACAUUGGCUCGACGCCUUCGGGAAAAUCGGAGCUUGGCCAUGAGCCGGCUGGAUGAGGUCAUCUCCAAGUAUGCAAUGAUGCAAGACAAGAGUGAGGAGGGCGAGAGACAGAAGAGAAGAGCGCGGCUCCUAGGCAACGCUCCCCAAUCUUCGUGUUCCCCUAAAGUCUCCGUGGACUCGGGUGAGGGUCCUAGUGGACUGGCAUCCCAGGAGUGCCCGGCUACCUCCAGAACUGAGACUGAUGAGGAUGAGGACGAUGAGGAAAGUGAGGAGGAGGAAGAGGAGGAGGAUGAAGAGGAAGAAGAGGCCACUGAAGAUGAAGAUGAGGAUCUAGAACAGCUGCAGGAAGAUCAGGGGGGUGAGGAAGACGAUGAAGAGGAAGGAGGAGACAAUGAAAGAGAUAAGAGCCCCGCUAGAAGGGACUCAGAAGGAGUGCAGCAAAACAAAGGACUGCCAGGGGCAGCAGUGUCCCCUUCAGGAGCAUCCCCAGAAGCUCCUAGCAUGGAUGCUGAGAGCAGCAGGGAACAGCUCCAAGAGCCAUUCCUGGGAGAAGAGAGUCCUGUGUCCCAGCAUUUUGAGCUAGAGAUUGAAGCCUUGCCCAAGGCUACCACCCCAUCCCCUGAAGAAAGGGACAUUUCCUCUUGUAGGAAACAGUCAGAAGAUUCCCUCCUCACUGUCUUGGAAAACGGGGCAGAUAUGGUCACCUCUACAUCCUUCAAUGGGCGUGUCACUUCUCACACUUGGAGAGAUUCCAGUCCCCCGUCCAAGAGAUCUCGGAAGGAAAAGAAGCAACUGGGAUCUGGACCAUUGGAAAACAGCUAUGUAGAGAAGCAAACGGGAAAGCAGCAGGGAAAUGGGAAGGACAUGUGGACCCCAACCACUGCAUCUUCCCUGGUGGCCUCCAUGGCUCCUGUUGCUGAUUCCUCCACAAGGGUGGACUCCCCCAGCCAUGGCCUGGUGACCAGCUCCCUGUGCAGCUCUUCUCCAUCUCUGACGUCCCAAACUCCCCAGUGUCAGUCUCCCAGGCCUCCAAGUUAUAAGAUGAGUGUGGCCACGCAGUGCGAUCCUGAAGAGAUCAUCGUGCUCUCAGACUCUGAUUAGCAACCUCCUGUUCUCCUGCCUCCAGAAUGUUUUGGAUGGCUGUGGGAAGAUGGCAAGAAGUCUGUGGCUGAGCAGAGGGUGGACUGAGCUCCUCCCCUUUCGGUGGUGUUUCUUUUGACAAAGAAUCAGAUGUUUUAAGUUUUACACAGACACAUUAAUAAACAAUGAAUUUCUUUUCUUAUUGUA